AUGACCGAUUCGCCCAUCUACAGCUUUGCUGUCAAGGACCUCCGUGGAACGCCUGUAGAUCUUGGACAGUAUAAAAACAAGGCUCUCCUUAUUGUCAAUACUGCCUCCAAGUGUGGCUUGACUCCUCAGUUUGCUGGUCUUGAAGCACUUAACAAAAAGUACAGCGACCAAGGAUUGCAGGUUAUUGGAUUCCCUUGCAAUCAGUUUAUGGGCCAAGAGCCUAACGAAGGCGAGGCCAUUGCUGAAGUUUGCCAGCGAAACUAUGGUGUAACUUUUCCCAUGAUGGAAAAGAUCAAUGUGAAUGGAGCCGACGCACAUCCUCUAUAUCAGUACAUCAAAAAGGAAGCUCCAGGAACUCUUGGUAUAGAAAUGAUCAAAUGGAAUUUUGAAAAGUUUCUAGUAGACCGCAAUGGCAAGGUGGUCAAGCGAUUUGCACCUACAACCACUCCAGAAAGUAUUGAGCCUGAAAUAGCAAAGCUUCUCGCUAGUAACCAUUUAUAG